UUAAACUAACCUAACUAACUCAUUUAGGUUAUGUCAGGGUCAUGUUGAUAUGGUGCCGUGAAAAAAGUUAUAUGUUGUGUACUAUUCGUUGUAAAUAAAAUGUCCAUAAAUAUCAAUGAGAGGUUGGCGGAGCUGAAAGAGUUUGACCAGGCCGCAGCCGCGGCCGAUUCCGAAAUUGAAUCCAUAACUAAAUCUCUUGGUUGGUCAGUUGAUUUGUUGAGACGGGAACGACCAACGACGAAGUGUCCUUACAAUCCCCAACACACUAUAUCUAAAAAUGUAGACGAACACAUUCAGAAAUGCAGGCUGAAAGCUCUGGGUUAUAACCCUGAAGAAGAGUUCCUGUCUGAGCCUUCAACAUCAAAAUAUUCAAUGAAAAUUGAUCAUGCCACAAAAGUAUUGAUAUUGGGUGCGGCCAAGAUGGCACAACCAGACUUUAGAGCAGCAUGGGAUGGAAAAGACGACACACCAAUGACCUCAGGUAGAUUAACGUCCACAUUCUCUGCAGACGAACGUUUGGCGUUGCACAACUAUGUUGUGCAAAACUCUGAGAAACCACCCGUACCAGAAGACCUACCUCUGUUCUCUGAGCCCACCAGCAAAGAACGUGAACACCUAUCUGUGCAGCAGUUGAUGGCUCUGAAGAGGGACGCCAAAAGGAGGCGUGUUAAGUACAAAGCAGUCCACACGCAGAAGAAGUCUGUUACUGAAGUACUUCGAGAAGUUGUCAAUAAUCAGAUGGAGUUGCUUGAAGAUUACCUUAGUAGUCGUGAUAAAAUAAAAAGGUAUCAAAAUGAUGACCAAAGAAGUGACAACAAUAGUGUGGAGCAUGAAAGAUCAGGUUCUUCGAUUAGUAGGCAUAGUACUCAUUCAGGUGGAUCAAAACAUAGACGGCCUGAGCAUGAUUAUAGAGAUAGAAGGAACGAUUACUAUCAUAGACGAUAUAGUGAUUAUAGACAUAAGGGCAGAAGAUAUGACCAUAGAGAUUACGACAGACAUUAUGACAGUGAGUAUAAAGAUAAAAGAAAUAGACAUUACAAAGAAGACAAAAGAUAUGAUCACGAACAAAAAGAAAAACGGUAUGAUCAUGCCAAAGAAGAUGUAGAAAGACAUGGUGAACUUGCCAGCACAGUGAGAGCAAAUUAUCACAGUAAAUUGGAAGAUGAUUUGAGUAAUGGAGGUGAAAGGAAAAGAAAUGAAAGCUCUAGAGAAGACAAAAGAGAUCAAAACAAUGAAGAAAGGAGGAGAGAUCAUUACUACAAGGAUGAUGGAAAAAUAGAUAAACCUAGAGAACAAAAGAGAUAUGAUGAUAAUGAAGUUAGGGCAAAAAGACACAGUACUGAAGGUGAAAAGUAUUAUGAAGACAGAAGAAACAGAGACUAUAGAAAGUCAAAUGACUACGACAGAAGUUAUAGGAAAUUUGACACUCCUGAUAAAAGGAAGUAUUACAGUGACCGAAGAGAUGUAAGACGAAGGAGCAGGGAAAAAAGCGACACUAGGCACAAAAGGGAUUAUUACGAUGAAGGAAGUCGCAAUAGAGACCGUCUUUAUCGUGACGAUAAGAAAUAUAGAAGCGACGACUCCAAACGCCACAUGAAAGAGUGACCUUAAUACAAUGUUCAAAUUUUUUUAAAUGAGUUAAACUUAGUCUUUCAAAUAAAUUACUUUUAUUAUUUA